AUGGAAAUCAAAAAGUGCUUUGAGCCGAGCUGUAACCUUGAAGCUGAAUAUAUAUGCCAAUGCACUUCCCUUGGAAUAUUCUCGUGCGAAUUGCACAUAGCGGAUCAUUGCAAACAAAAUAGCCUUUCUCAUAAUUUUGACUCUAUAUUUUUACAGCCAAUAGAAGAGACUAAAAACGCGAUUCUUGGAUUUCUUACCGAAGAAAAGGAUCAAAGAGAGCAAAGACAAAAGAAGCUAGCAAAUUUGUUUAUAAAUAGCCUUUGAACUUUAAAACGGAUAUUCAUAGAACUAUUAAAAGGGCUUGAUGAAGAUUCUACAAAAAUUAAAACUUAUUUUGAAAAGAUUUCUCAAGCGCAAAGACUCUCAAAAUUUGAGAGUGACCCAAUUUUGAAAUUAUUAGUUUUGCAUACUGAUGAAGCAUUAGAAAAAAUUAAAUCAGUCACCCAAGAAAAGUCAAAUUCAGUUUAUUGCGAAAACCUAUUUUGUAGGCUUAAUGAUGAAAUUUUCAAAACAAUAAAAAGUUUUAAUCAAGAAAGCAUCGGUAUAACCCAUAUCUGAUUUGAAUUGGUCUUUGGAACAAAAAUCUCUGAAACUUGAUCCUCAAAAUUGCAUUUUGGUAAGCAGAAUUAAAUAAGGCAAUCCAGCCAUAACUGAAUUUUUCAAUCAGAUUUAAGCGGUCAAAAUAAAUUAAUAAAUAUUUUGGACAUUGAAUUGGAAUUAAUUUUCUAAGACCAUUCCAAACUAGGGUGCCUACUAUAUUGAUCUAAGCCAAAGAUUGACUGAGAUAGAAAAAGACGCUGAAAAGCGUAAUGAAAUUAUUAAUUUAAAUAAAAAAGACAUGCUGGAUUCGUAUAAAAACAUGGGAGCCAUUAAGAUUGAUCCAAGUUGUGACACAGCAUACAAUGAUGCUGGGCUUGCCUUUUAUAACCAAAAGAUGUACGACGAAGCAAUAAAAUAUUAUAACAGCGCAAUUGAAAUUCGUCCAAGCUGUGCAAUUUAUUAUAAAAAUAAAGGAGAUGCUCUGAAAGAGCUAGGAAGAAACGAAGAAGCAAUGGAAUGCUAUAAGGAAGCUGUCAAAAUUAAUAUAGCGUUUGCACCGCUAUUGAUUACCUUUGCAAGUGUUUCCCGCAGCAACUUGGAGCUCUGAAGAGCCAUCUAAAGGUGAUGAGUCAACUCAAAGUUGACAAAAGCGUGCCCUUUUACAAGGAUUUUUUUAACUUAGAGUUGACUUGUCACCUUUAGGUGGCUUGCUAUAGCUCCAAGUUGCUGCGGGAAACCCUCGCAAAGGCAAUCUGCAGCGGUGCAGACGCUAUAUUAGCUAUGAUGCAGCAUAUAAUAAUAUAGGAAUUAUCUUGUUUAAGAUGAAAAGGUAUGAAGAAGCGAUGCAAUCAUUCAUGGAAGCAAUUAAAAUAAAUCCAGAAUCCUCAGUUUAUCAUAAAAAUAGAGGAGAUGCUUUAAAGGAACUAGGUAGAACAGCAGAAGCAAUUGAAUGCUAUAACCAAGCGAUUAGGAUUAAUCCAAAUUUUGUGUCAGGAUACAACGAUUUAGGAAUGAUUUUAUAUGAUGAAAAGAGAUAUGAAGAAGCGAUCAAGUACUACAAUGAGGCAAUCAGAAUUGAACCAGACAGCAUUAAUAUAUAUAAAAAUAAAGUAUAGUUCGUGCCUACUUAUAGAUUUCUGGUUCCCCCUUUAAAUUUGAACAAAAUCUAGGUAAAAUUUCAAUUUUUUGGGUCACGUUACAAAUUUUUGUUUUUCAACAAAAAAAAUUUUAUAGACGGAAAUACUAAUUUUUAUUUAAUGAAAAAAAUGAGUAGAAUAUUAUUUAAACCGUUUUCACACUGAUUCGAUUAGCUCUUAAACAAAAUUUAUAAUUCCAGAUAUACGUUCAAUUUAUAUUAUUAUUAUUAUUUUAAAAAAAAGUUAAAUAUAAUUUUUUUAAUAAAAAUCAACCCCCUUUAAUUUGAGAAGGAUUUUUUGUUCCGAUUUAAAAGUGGAAGAAGUUAGAAUAAAUGCCUUUUAGUUCCCCUUAUUGAGUGAAUAUUUAUUUAAUUUCUAGAAUUUAUUAUUUUAAAAUGAGAGAUUUCAUUAUUUUUCAAAAUUUUUUUUUUUAAAUUUUAUUUCGCUAACGGAAGGGAGGGGAUUAAGAAACAACUUAAAAUAAUUUGAAAAGCCAAAUCAAAAAUUCCAAGUAAGAGAUCUAAAAUUUUUAAAAUUUUUAUUUUAGUAUGUCAAAAUAAUUUUUCUUGGAGUGCAUUUGUUAGACAUCUAUAAGGGGACAUAUGCUAUAUUAGCAUUAAAGCAGCUAAGCAGAAUUUCAGAAACAAUAGAUUGCUGAAAUGAAAUUAUCAGAAUUGGUCCAAAAAACGCUUCAGCUUGCAAUGAGAUGGGAAUUUACUUAUAUGAUGAAAAAAGAUAUGAAGAAGCAAUAAAAUAUUUCAAUAUAGCAAUCAAAAUGGAACCAAAUAGUGCGGUUUUCUAUAAAAAUAAAGCUCUACCUCUAAGAGAAACCAAAAGAAUAAAAGAGGCUAUGGAUUGCUAUAGUGAAGCUAUUAGGAUAGAUCCAAACUUUGUUUCAGCUUACAAUGAAAUGGGAAUUGUACUAUCCAAUGAAAAAAGAGAUAAGGAAGCAAUUGAAUAUUAUAAUAAAGCAAUAAGAAUAGAGCCCACUGAUGCAAUUCUAUAUAAAAAUAAAGCGAUGUCUCUAACUCUGUCUCAAUUAAUAGAAAAAACUAACUAGCAUUUAUAUGUCUGUUUUUAUAAUGAAGAAUUAAUGAUAAUAUAUUUUAUUAUUAUGCUUUUAUGCUCCCAGAAUUUCUUUGUAUCAGAUGGCAAUUAUAUUUAUAGCAAUUGCCCGAGGAUGGCGCUAUCUUGCGCCAUCCUCGGGCAAUUCAAAAAUAGCCCCACACUGGGAAUCGAACCCACGUGUGGGGCCAUUUUUGGUGUGUGGCCAACAUCGACUUACACGCACCAAAAAUGGCCCCACACGUGGGUUCGAUUCCCGGUGUUGGGCCAUUUUUUUGAAUUGCCCGAGGAUGGUGCAAGAUAGCGCCAUCCUCGGGCAAUUCCUAUACUUAACAGAGGUUAAUAAGAGUGUUAAGGCAUUAUUCUUUAAUUUGAUAAUCGCCUGCGAAGCAACCUUCUCUCUUAAUAAUGCUAAGAUAUAGAUGCGGAGUAAGGGAACUACGAAGGAUGAAUGAGGCAAUUGAUUGCUAUAAUGAAGCUAUUAGAGUUAAUCCAAAUUUCGUAGACGCUUAUAAUGAAAUGGGAAUUGUCUUACAUGGUGAGAACAGAAAUGAAGAAGCAAUCAAAUAUUAUAACGAGGCAAUUAGAUUAAAACCAAAUUCAGAAACUAUAUACAGCAAUAAAGCAUUAGUUUUGAAGGAACUAGGAAGAAUCGAAGAAGCAAUAGAGUGCUAUAAUGAAAUAAUUAGAAUUAAUCCCAAAAAUUUAUCAGCUUACAAUGAUAUAGGAAAUCUCUUAUGAAAUGAAAAGAGAUAUGAGGAAUCUAUCAAGAAUUAUGAGGAGGCAAUCAAAAUUGAGCCAAAAAAUGAAGUUUUGUAUAAAAAUAAAAUAGGCGCUCUAAAAAAACUAAUUACUCUAUAUAAAUAACGACCAACCUUAGAAUUUCUUCUAAAAAUAGAUAGUAAGAACAAAUUUAUUUGCAAUCUCUGCUGGUGUUAGGGUAUCCUCCAUUAAUAUUAAAAUAAUAAAAGAUUUAGCUUAAUUGCUAUUUUCUCUAUUUUAUUACUAUAAUAUCUCAUAUUUUUAAAUAAUUUUAUGCAGAGAUUAAUAAUAGUUUGAUAUAAUUUCUUAUAGUAUUCCGCGUGCUGGAUUCUGCUCCACACGUUGAAAACAUAAAAGCCUGUGAAGCCCGCCUAUUGACUUUCUUUCAUAUGCUAAAAUAUUUUCCAUUUGUGGAGCAAAAUCCAUUACGUGAAAGACUUUAAGAAAUAACAGUAAAGAAGUAUAAUAAAAAAGAAGAAUUUCGAAAAUUUUAUAAACAUCUGCUUUAAAAAAGAUCGUUUAUUAAUUCGGAGGAGUAAAAAGAAUAGAUGAAAUAAUAGAAUGCUACAAUGAAAUGAUCAGAAUUAAUCCAAAUAAUGUUUCAACCUUCAAUGAUUUCGGAAAUUUCUUAUCCAGUGAAAAUAGACAUGAAGAAGCAGUAAAAUAUUAUAACGAUGCAAUUAGAAUUAAACCUAAUGAUACGGUUUUAUAUAAAAAUAAAGCACUAUCCCUAAAAGACCUAGGAAAAAUAGAUGAAGUAAUUGACUGUUAUAAUGAAAUGAUUAGAAUUAAUCCAAAUAAUGUUUCAACCUUCAAUGAUUUUGGAAAUUUCUUAUCCAAUGAAAAUAGACAUGAAGAAGCUGUAAAAUAUUACAACGAGGCAAUCAGAAUUAAGCCUAAUGAUAUAGUUUUAUAUAAAAACAAAGCACUAUCCUUGAGAGAUUUAGGAAAAAUAGACGAAGUAAUUGGCUGUUAUAAUGAAAUGAUUAGAAUUAAUCCAAAUAAUGUUUCAACAUACAAUGAUUUAGGAAUUUACUUAUACGGAGAAAAGAGAUAUGAGGAUGCACUAAAAUAUUACAAUGAUGCAAUUAGAAUUAAACCAAGUGAUAAGGUUCUACGUAGCAAUAAAUUAUUAGCUUUAAAGGCAUUAGGAAGAGUAGAAUAA